UACCUAAAUUAGAUCAUUAUUUUUUUAUUUUUUGGUUUACGAACCGCCAGGAUGACACAUGGUCGUAGGAGGAGGGAAAAAAAAAAUUAAAAAACAGAAUCAGAAUUUUUUUUCCGUAGAAAACGGACCUUUGAAAGGAAUAUGGGAUAUGUUGGAGGCUCUUAAAGCCCUGUCGACCUUCUUUGGGGAAAACAGUCUCAGAACAAGGAGGAACCUUCGCAGCGAUAUUGAGAGAAGAAGUCUUGCCAUUAAUGAAGAAUUCCUUCAGACAUUCCAAGUGGUCAAAAAUCAACUGGACAGUGUGUAUUCUGAUGUGAAAGCUAUGAGUGACUGUUGUCAGGAUAUGACUACAAGGUUAAAGAAUGCUAAAGCACAGACACAUGACCUGAUUAAUCAGACAACAAAACUCCAUGGUGAAAGUCAGAAGUUACAGAUGAAACAGCAAGUUGCAGACACAUUUCUUGAUCAGUUCCAGUUAAAACCAGAAGAGAUUCGUACAUUGAGAGGUGCAAAAUCUGGUGCACUUUCACAGGACUUUUUCCAAGCGUUGGCAAGGGUUAAACAGAUACAUAAUGAUUGUAAAGUUUUAUUGAGAACCAACCAUCAGACUGCAGGGUUAGAAAUCAUGGAGUCGAUGGCGUUACAUCAGGAGUCAUCUUACGAAAGGCUUUACCGGUGGUCUCAAAAUGAAUGUCGUAUGCUGACUGGAGAGGCACCAGAUAUCUCACCUAUUCUCUGUCAGGCAUUACUUGCUUUACAAGACAGACCUGUCCUGUUCAGGUAUACAUUGGACGAGUAUGGCACAGCACGGCGUACAGCUGUUGUAAGGGGGCUGAUAGAUGCUCUCACCAGAGGAGGUCCAGGAGGAACUCCACGACCUAUUGAACUACAUUCCCAUGAUCCUUUGCGAUAUGUUGGUGACAUGUUGGCAUGGUUACAUCAGUCUACAGCUUCUGAGAAGGAAUAUCUGCAGACACUGUUGAAGAGAUGUGAACAAGAUAUAAAGAUAUUACACGGAGAUGUGAGAGAUGUAGAAAAAGAUAAAAUACAUAUUAGAGGAGCUACAGAUGACACUAUCCAAGAUAUUCUAGGGCACAUUACAGAAGGUGUUUGUAGACCAUUUAAGGUGAGAGUGGAGCAGGUACUGGUAUCAGAGCAAGAUGCUGUAACCUUGUACAAACUGAAUAAUCUACUCAAGUUUUACCAUCAUACAAUAGGGCAAAUAAUUAACCCAGAUGCUGCUCUGUUGUCCACCAUAUUAGAAAUACAGGAUCUCAGCCAUAGGAUGUUCUUUAACAGUCUUACAUGUAAUGCCAACAAACUUCUUGAUAAGGUGGAGUUACCACCAGCUGAUUUAGGACCUACAGCAUCACACACACAGACUAUGACUCUACUGAAAGAUGUUUUACAGUGCCAUGAUUCUUCUGUAGUUACCCUAGAAAACAAGAAACAGGACUUUAAACAGAUACUGGCAUGUGUUCUUGACCCAGUGCUACAGAUGUGUUCAGUGUCAGCCAGUCGUCUAAACACAGUGGAUAUGGCUGCCUACAUGGUGAACUGUAUCUAUCUCAUGCAGACUACUAUAGCAUUGUACGAGUUCACAGACACACGGCAAGAAAUGUUACAAGCACAGAUUGAUGCACAUAUAGACACUAUGGUAAAUGAACAGGCAGCAUUUAUCCUGAACAGAGUAGAUCUAGCACAUAUAUAUGGUACUAUACAACAGCAUCAGCCAAAACAGGGUCCACUAUCAAGUAUACAAGGAUUAGAUCCGAUUACUGUGAAAUCUGCAAUGAACAAGUUUGACAGUUACCUUGCAAGUCCAGAUAGUCUCAUGUUAGCACAGUGUACACUGAUAACGAGCUCAAAAAAUAGAGAACUCAUUAAGAAGAAUUCCUCAGAAUUGAUCUGUAAAUCCUAUAAACUGAUGUACGAUGCAGUCUGCGAUCCGAAGAACGAGUACGGGGAAUAUCAAAGUAUUGUGCCGAGAACACCAGACCAAGUUGAGAAACUGCUCAUGUAAACUUGUUGAUUGCAUGCUAAUAUGUUGCUUGAACUUGAAAAGUUUAUACAUGUAACUGUGAUAUUUAAACAUUUGGAAUAAUGGAGGAAUUACAUGUGUAAAUAGGCUGGGCUGACAAUAUGUAGAGGUUGUUUUGUGCGGAAAUUUUGCUUAAUAAUCGGCUGAGUGUACUUUUUGUUAUAAUGUUAAAUUCAUUAUUAAAAUACUCAAAAGGUCAAAAAAACUUACUUUGAAAAUUAUGGUGAAGUGACAAGAUGUGAAAUUCAGAUCAUUGGUGCUUAGAAUACUUACAAGUUACACUAUAUAAAAGAGGAGUUAUUAUUGAUUAUUUUUUAUUGAAAAAAAAAAGUGCUAAGAUGGCUACAGAAGUGUCAGAUUGUUAAACAAAUGGAUGUACCAAUAAAAAAAGUAGGAAGAAAACAUUUGUUAGCACUUAAGCAGUAGUGCCUUAAUUUUUUGGGGGCCAAAUAUAAGUCAGUAUUUUUCUGUUAUAUAAUUUGUUUGUUUAGUUGCUGUCUUAAUACUGUCCAAACUUUACUGCUUAAGGAGGGCUAACUUUAAAUCACUUGCUUAUCAUUUUUCUUUCAUGUGUUUUGAGUUUUCAAGGUGGAAUAAGGAAGGUUGGUGGUUGAAUUACUGCCCAGAGGAGCAUCUUGGGUCUUCUGUCUCUUUCAAAGCUGGAAAAUUGCCAUAUGACAGCACAACUAAGUACUAGAAAGAAAAGCAAUUAAUUUACACUUCCUGCUAGAUGAGCAGCAUCGUGAUACCAUAAUAGAUGUUUUUAAACAUUCGUCCAUAUAGGAAUAUUAACACUGAUAUAAAAACAUAAAAUUAAAUAGAAAUUGACUAGUUUUAAUACUGGCUUGGAUUAUGUACAUCAUUUAACAAUAUUGUGCAUGUAAAAUUAGCAGAAACAAUAAAACCAAUGGAUGUAAUUAUGUCUCCCCCAGGAGACUUAUUGUUUUGCCCUGUCCGUCCGUCCGUCCGUCCGUCACACUUCAUUUCUGAGCAAUAACUGGAGAACCAUUUGACCUAGAACCUUCAAACUUCAUAGAGUUGUAGGGCUGCUGGAGUAGACGACCCCUAUUGUUUUUGGGGUCACUCCGUCAAAAGUCAAGGUCACAGGGGCCUGAACAUUGAAAACCAUUUCCGAUCAAUAACUAGAGAACCACUUGACCCAGAAUGUUGAAACUUCAUAGGAUGAUUGGUCAUGAAGAGUAGAUGACCCCUAUUGAUUUUGGGGUCACUCCGUCAAAGGUCAAGGUCACGGGCCUGAACAUUGAAAACCAUUUCCGAUCAAUAACUAGAGAACCACUUGACCCAGAAUGUUGAAACUUCAUAGGAUGAUUGAUCAUGAAGAGUAGAUGACCCCUAUUGAUUUUGGGGUCACUCCGUCAAAGGUCAAGGUCACAGGGGCCUGAACAUUGAAAACCAUUUCCGAUCAAUAACUAGAGAACCACUUGACCCCGAAUGUUGAAACUUCAUAGGAUGAUUGUUCAUGAAGCGUAGAUGACCCCUAUUGAUUUUGGGGUCACUUCGUCAAAGGUCAAGGUCACAGGGGCCUGAACAUUGAAAUCCAUUUCCAAUCAAUAACUAGAGAACCACUUGACCCAGAAUGUUGAAACUUCAUAGGAUGAUUGGUCAUAAAGAGUAAUUGACCCCUAUUGAUUUUGGGGUCACUCCAUCAAAGGUCAAGGUCACAGGGGCCUGAACAUGGAAAACCAUUUCCGAUCAAUAACUAGAGAACUACUUGAUCCAGAAUGUUGAAACUUAAUAGGAUGAUUGGUCAUGCAGAGUAGAUGACCCCUAACAAUUUUGGGGUCACUUUGUUAAAGGUCAAGGUCACAGGGGCCCGAACAUUGAAAACCAUUUCCGGUCAGUAACUUGAGAACCACUUGACCCAGAAUGAUGAAACUUCAUAGGAUGAUUGGACAUGCAGAGUAGAUGAUCUCUAACGAUUUUAGGGUCACUCUGUUAAAGGUCAAGGCCACAGGGGCCUGAACAUGGAAAACCAUUUCCAAUCAAUAACUUGAGAACCUCUUGACCAAGAAUGUUGAAACUUCAUA